AUCGGCAAUUCCAAGCCGACCGUCGGUGAUUAUCACAUUUCCCGAGGAAACUUUGGUAAUGCCGUUUCCUCGAAAAGUGAGGGGCCUCGUCGCUACGCCGAGUCCGAAAGUGCGAGGUGGGCCCUUUUCGAGGGACGCGCCGCCAUGACACUUGGGACCCCCUUACGGCAUAUCUUACUUCGAUUUCUUUGCAAUUACUAUACGACUCAAGUACUGUAUUUAGUACAAUACCUAAUAUAUAAUUCUACACGGUUAUCGAAAUAAAAUCUUUUUCACCCGCGUCGAUGAAAUUUCCCGAAAGGUCUCGCUUAACCUUAAACGUCGGAGGCUCGCACCGUUCUGUCAUAAAUUCCGGGGAGCGUGCGAGCGCAUUCCGACGCGGUCGUGACGUCACGCGGUGAGGGGGGUUCCGGCGCAUUCGCCGACAGCGUCGACUGAGUCACGCGCCGUCAGUCGGGCCAGACGCGUUCCCGGAGACGGUGUGCGGAAGCCCCGUGAGUGGGGUCGUCGAGACCGGCCUCCAGUUUUUUCAACGACCUCGGUAUAACGGCCCCCUCGAGAGUCGACGCGAAAGUUCUCACCUAACCUAUCGCACCCCACGUGUUUCGGAUCCCUUGUCGAAAUUGGCUUUUAUCAUUCGUCGUCUGUAUCCUCGAGCGAUCCUAACCUGCCUUGUGGUGCACCGACCUUGGUCGAAGCUCACACUAGUUCCUUAGAGUCCACGGUUCGCCUGUUGCAUCGGGAUCUAUCGACUUUGGUCGGUCGCGUCGCCAAGGUUCGAAUUAUACCCGGGGGUGCGCUAGUGUCUAUCGGAAGUGCACCUCGCCUAACCUACUGCCCGCGCGAGGUCCACCGACCUCGGUCGGCUCGCCGAGGAGUCCAGAUAUACCUAGACCCGUCCAGGCUCCUCGGAGCUACGGACCAAGGUUGUGCUAAUCGAACUAGAGGCGCCUCGGCCCUCUUCCCUGGUCAUGCUGAGGCAGGAGAAUAUCGGGACCAGCUCCCAGGUCUGCGAGGACUUCCUCCACGUUUACCAUGACCUGCUGCAACGAUACAUGGACAUCGGGGAGGACAUGGGAGUGCCGGACGAUUUUACGACCAGCGAAAUGGUCUCAGGGAUGUGGUGGCGCCACCUGCUGGCAGGUGGCAUCGCAGGCGCCGUCUCUCGGACGUGUACAGCACCGUUGGAUCGGAUAAAAGUCUACCUGCAGGUUCACGGGACAAGGCAUUGCAAUAUCAUGAGCUGCUUCAGAUACAUGCUGAGGGAAGGCGGUGUCUUAAGCUUGUGGCGAGGAAACGGCAUAAACGUACUUAAAAUCGGCCCGGAGACCGCGCUCAAGUUCAUGGCCUAUGAACAAGUGAAGAGGUCAAUCAAGAGAGACGACAGUCGAGAGCUGGGAAUCUACGAGAGAUUUCUCGCAGGCUCAUUGGCUGGAGGAAUAAGCCAAUCGGCUAUAUACCCGCUCGAGGUGCUAAAGACUCGGUUGGCUCUCCGGAAAACCGGGGAGUUUGCCGGCAUUUUGGAUGCCGCGAAGAAGAUUUAUCGCCAGGCUGGUUUCAAGACGUUUUACAGAGGCUACGUUCCCAAUCUCAUUGGUAUACUUCCAUACGCGGGGAUCGACUUGGCUGUGUACGAGACGCUGAAGAAUAGUUACUUACGAACCCACGGUAAAAACGAGCAGCCCGCGUUUUGGCUGCUCCUGCUCUGCGGAACGGCCUCGAGUACGGCAGGACAAGUAUGCUCGUACCCGCUAGCUCUAGUCAGGACUCGGUUGCAAGCCCAAAUAUCACCCACCAGACAUCCCAACACGAUGGUCGGGGUCUUCCAAGACAUCGUCCACAGGGAGGGAUUCCGCGGGUUGUAUCGCGGCUUGACGCCAAACUUUCUAAAGGUCGCCCCUGCGGUGUCCAUCAGUUACGUGGUAUACGAGCACUUCAGGCAGGCACUGGGUGUCAACAUGACGUGAUAAUCGCACACACUAGGGGCUAUUAAUUCUAUUUAAAUUAUUACACCAUUUUACGGAGAUACCUACGAUUACUCAGCACGUUAUAUGGGACCGAGCAGGCGGGCCUGCGUCCUCAGCUUCUCCUGCCAGGACUCUCGCAACUUUAUUUAUUGGCCCGAUCGCCUCGUUUUCACGGUCUGUACUCUCUCUCUCUCUCUCUCUCUCUCUCUCUCUCUCUCUCUCUCUCUCUCUCUCUCUC